AUGGCGAACCUUCUCAGAGCCUUCGGCUGCCUUUUCUUUUUCUCCCUGCUCUUCUCUUCAUUCUCAACCUUCUCUCUUGCCUUAACUGAUGCUGAAGCAUCUUAUAUUGCUCGUCGCCAGCUCUUGACGUUAAAUGAAAAUAGUGAGCUUCCUCAUGAGUUUGAGUAUGAGGUCGAUGUGAAAAUAACCUUUGCAAACCAAAGGCUGAGGAGAGCGUAUAUUGGUCUUCAGGCCUGGAAAAAGGCAAUAUACUCCGACCCAUUUAACACUACUGGCGAUUGGGUUGGCGCCAAUGUGUGUGCCUAUAAUGGUGUGUUUUGUGCACCAGCUCUAGACGACCCCAGUCUGAGCGUUGUGGCAGGUGUUGAUCUUAACGGUGCUGACAUUGCUGGGCACCUUCCAGCUGAAUUAGGGCUUAUGACAGAUGUUGCCUUAUUCCACAUUAACUCUAACAGGUUUUGUGGUAUCAUUCCCAAGAGCUUUUCCAAGCUCACACUCAUGUAUGAGUUUGAUGUCAGCAACAAUCGCUUUGUUGGUGAUUUCCCUUCUGUUGUUCUAUCCUGGCCAAGCCUCAAGUAUCUUGACGUCAGAUUCAACGAUUUCGAAGGUGGUUUGCCUCCAGAACUCUUCAACAAGGAACUCGAUGCUUUGUUCUUGAAUGACAACCGAUUCACAUCCACCAUCCCGGAGACAAUAGGCAACUCCACAGUUUCUGUUGUCACAUUUGCUAACAACAAAUUCACUGGCUGCAUUCCACACAGCGUCGGCAAGAUGGCUAACUUGAACGAGGUCAUCUUUAUGGGCAAUGACCUCGGUGGUUGCUUCCCAGCAGAAAUUGGGCUGCUUGGUAAUGUGACUGUCUUUGAUGCCAGCCACAAUGGGUUCACAGGAAUCUUGCCGCCCAGCUUUGCAGGCCUAAAGAAGGUUGAACUCUUGGAUCUUGCCGACAACAAGCUGACAGGAUUUGUGCCCGAGAACAUUUGCAAGUUGCCAAGCUUGACAAACUUCACAUUCUCGUAUAACUACUUCAAGGGGGAGGCUCAAGCUUGCGUGCCUCCAUCAAGGAAAGACAUUGUGUUGGAUGAUACCAGCAAUUGCCUGUCUGACAGGCCAAAGCAGAAGUCAGCCAGGACAUGUUAUCCAGUGGUGAGCCGACCUGUGGAUUGCAGCAAGGACAAGUGUGCUGGAGGAGGAAGUUCUUCAAAACCUCAUCCAAAGCCCCAGCCCACACCACCUACUUCAAAACAUGAACCAACUCCAUCUCCUCCCAAAUCUACUUCUACACCAACGCCACCAUCAGCACGGGUCCCCACCCCUCAAACAGCAGAAUCACCAAAACCAGAACAUGAGAUACCCUCACCGUCAUCUCCAUCAAUCAAUUCAUCUGCCCCAUCAUCUGAUCCAUAUAAUCCAGGAUCUGGUGGUCAUGGUGAGACACCUUUAUCACCAAAUUCUGCACCGUCACCUAAUUCAUUUAGUAGCUCACCCAUUGGCCAUCACGAUACACCACCAUCACUCUCUAUUAGUCCAUCAACAUCAAAGAUACCUUUAUUACCACCACCAAAGUCUGCUCCAUCACCUGAUGAUGAAUAUAAUCCAGGAGCUGGUGGACAUGGUGAGACACCACUAUCACCAUCACCAACAUUCUCACUAAAACCCGAGGCACCAAAAACAUCACGACAACCAAAAAUACCAGUUAUAAAUCCUCACUCUCCACCACCAUCCCCGUCACUUGUGCACUCACCCCCACCACCAGUUCACUCUCCUCCACCACUACCACCAAUACACUCACCCCCUUCACCCGUACGCUCUCCACCACCACCUGUCCCUUCAUCACCACCACCCGUACACUCACCACCACCACCCGUACAACCUAUACACUCACCUCCCCCUCCACCAGUUCACUCUCCACCACCACCCGUACAGUCACCCCCUCCACCCGUACACUCACCUCCACCACCUGUUAAGUCCCCCCCUCCACCAGUUCACUCUCCACCACCACCCGUACAGUCACCCCCUCCACCCGUACACUCACCUCCACCACCUGUUAAGUCCCCCCCUCCACCAGUUCACUUAUCCCCACCACCCGUCUAUUCACCUCCACCACUAGUUCAAUCCCCCCCACCACGACCAGUCAAAUCACCACCACCACUAGUAUACUCUCCACCACCAGUCAAAUCACCACCACCACCAGUUCACUCUCCACCACCACCCGUCCCAGUAUACUCUCCACCACCACCAUCACCAGUCAAAUCACCACCACCACCCGUUCACUCUCCACCACCACCCGUCCAGUCACCCCCUCCACCUGUUCACUCACCUCCUUUACCGAAACACUCACCUCCACCACCAAUUUUCUCUCCACCACCACCAACUGUAUCUCCUCAUCCUCAUGCUUUUCCUCCACCACCCCCAAAAGAAGAUAUAGUCCUUCCACCAAACCUUGGGUUCCAAUACGCAUCGCCACCUCCACCAGUGUUCCCAGGCUACUAGUUAGUAUAUAUGACCAUCGUUUGUAGUGCCAAAAAGCUAAUUAUGUACACGGCUAAAAAGAAACUUUGUUAGUUCAAUUUCUUGACCAGGAAAUACAACCGUUUUGCUUUCCUUCUCUUCAUGGAAUGGAAGU